GGCCCGGGUGGGACUCGCUGUCCCCUGAUCGCGAUCCCGUUCCCGGUCCCGGUCCCGGUCCCGGUCCCACCCCGCUGACCCCCCCAUGGCCAAGCAGAGCCCUGCGGAGCCGCAGGCGGCGGGCCCGAGCGGCGUGGCCCGCGGGAAGAGCAAGAAGAGGAGGAAAAAGAGGAAGGCCCUCGGGGAAGCGGCGGCCGCGUCCAAAGGCCCCGGCAUGGCGGCUGUGGGUCCCCCCCGCAACCCGCAGGAGUUCUCCUCCAACUGGAAGGCGCUGCAGGAGCUGCUGAAACAAAAGGCAAAUAACUCCAAGAAGCCCAUCCCCACGGGUCAAACAGACACCAAAAAGAAGCAGCCACUCAAAGCAGCCAAAAGCCCAGAAGUCCCAGCAGUCAAUGGGAAUGGGAAUGUGGUAAAGGUAAAAUCCACAAAUAAAAUGGACAAUGGUGCUGCUAAAGCUCCUUUGGCCAAGCCAGAAUCCAAGGGGGUUACAGCAAAUAAGAACUUAAAUGGCACCAAAAGCAAUGGGAAAAGCAGCAAAGAAAAAAGGAAAAAUGGCAUUGUUGUGAAGGAGAAUGAUGAGCUGAAACAUAAGAGGAGGAAAGCUGAGGAACCCCUGGAGCACCAGCCCAAAGAGGCUGACAUCUGGUUUGAUGAUGUUGAUCCCAAAGAUAUUGAAGCAGCACUAGGACCUGAAGCAGCGAAAAUUGCCAGAAGGAACCUGGGGCUUGAAACAGAGCAAUGCCAGUCUGUGGAGAAGGUGCUGGUUAAGGAAAAGGCUUUUGAUGGGCUGACCAGGGCUGUGGCCAUGGACUGUGAGAUGGUGGGGGUUGGCCCCAAGGGUGAGGACAGCAUCUUGGCUCGGGUGUCCAUCGUCAACCAGUUUGGCAAGUGUGUGUAUGACAAGUUUGUCAAGCCCACGGAGAAGGUGACAGACUACAGGACAGCUGUCAGUGGCGUCCGGCCUCAGAACAUAAACUCAGGUGAAGACUUCAAAACAGUUCAGAAGGAGGUGGCUGAGAUCCUGCAAGGAAGGAUUUUAGUUGGGCACGCCCUACGGAAUGACCUAAAGGUCCUACUUCUUGAUCACCCUCACAAGAUGAUCAGGGACACACAGAGAUACAAACCUUUCAAAGAGAGAGUGAAGAGUUCCAGGCCAUCCCUGAAGCUGCUGUGUGAGAAGCUGCUCAAUGUCCAGGUGCAGACAGCAGAGCACUGCUCGAUCCAGGAUGCACAAGCAGCUAUGAGACUUUACACCCUGGAGAAAAAGAAAUGGGAAGCUGCUGUUAAGAACAAAGCUAACAAGAAAAAUUGUAAAACUUAAAAAACACAGGGUAGAAUCUUUCAUCUGCAGCAUUUGCUGGAUUGAUGUCACAUUCCAAAUUUAGAGAGAAGUCAGAACUGACAGCAGCUACUUCAUAAAAUCAAUCCAAAGACAAUGCUACAAUAACCUGGAAGUACAGGAAUGCUGCUGGUACCCUGUGCCUGAUGCCUGCUACUGUGCUCAAACAACCUUUGUAACAAAUGCCUGCAGCUGGGAAGAACUUCAUCAGUUAAAUUCCUUCAACAGAAAUAGACACUGAAUAAGUUAAAAAAAUUAAAUUAUGAUAGAUGAAGGAAGAAACUGUCAUUGCUUUGUCAAAACUCCAAGGAUUAAGGUCUUUAUUUCAAGUAUGUUGAGGCCCACAAAGUGAGGUCUACUGCAAGGUGAAUUCUUAAUUAUUGCUGUUACACAGUUGUGGUACCCAAACCACCAAUAAAUACCUGUUUGUAUAUUAUUAAUAGCCCAAUAUUCUUUUUUCUGGUGAGAAGAAUCCUCUAAUGGAGGCUCCAGGCUUUUGUAUCCAGCAGUGGCCAAGUGUUGUUCUCAGACAAAGCAUUUUUCCUUCCUCAGUUUCGAAAGUGUUGCAUCCACCAGGGUCAGAAUCUCCUGGAGAGAAAGGUGAGAAUUGUCAGACAGAAGAUUACCUUGUUGCUCCACUUAUUUUUGUAUUCAUUUAUUAAUAAAAACAAUGUGUCUAA